UCCGCGACUUCACUUCCUACCCUGCUCCAACACACCGAAUGACUCGGUCCUGCAGACGAGCCGAUUUCGUGGCCCAAAAUUGAGGUGAUAGAAGGUGAAAGAAGCAGUCAUCCAAAGUUAAUUGGUUCUCUUCGCCUCAAUUUUGCCGCCGAACUUGUCUCUGGCGUGACUUGUCAGGUUCUCUCGCAAUUUGUACAGUGUGCAGUUCUCGCACUGUACCCUAAGACAUGGCUUUCUGCAUUCUACAGCCGCCUCCAUCAAAGCCAUGUAUCAGACGACUCUGGCGGAUACCGUAGGUAAUGGCUCUCAGGCGCGCGUUCUAAGAGCCGGAAAGUUUAACCUGUUCGGCCGCGGCCAUCAGGCGCGUAAUCGCACAUUCAGUCACUCUCUCAAGUACCUCGACGUUCAUGUUGGUCAGACCUAUGUGGUAGAGGUGUGCAUUCGUCUGUGUAUAAAUAUUCGACAACUCCUGCUCAAGACUCAACUCACUCAUCAAAGACGUAACUCAACUUCCAAACACGUUCGCACGUUCGCACCUUCACAUUUUCACACCUUCACACCUUCACACCUUCACACCUUCACACCUUCACACCUUCACACCUUCACAUCUUCACAUCUUCACAUCUUCUCAACAACUUGUCGGAGCCGUUGCCUGCCUUACCACACUAGACAACAUGUAACACCACCUAUACCACGAAACAUGUCGACUGUAGAUCCGCUACUUGCCCAACUUCGGCGUCCUACAGAGGUUAGCUCACUUUACGAAGAUGUGUCAUGGGCGUUGAUCCAAGGGGGUGGUUUUGGGGAAUUGGAGGAUGCUGGGUGCGGAGAGAAAAGCCUCAGUCAUUGUCUGGGCUACCGUUGGCGCUCGCCUAGGGAGCUGGUUUGAUGGAAGCCUGGUUACUUGUCCUGUCAUAUCGGUGUUCCCAGCCUAGUUCUAACCUAAACAUUGUUCUGCUGGCCUUUCAACUUGACUCAAUAAUUAGCACUUUGCAUCGAGCAGGGUUUACGCC